UGACUCCUUCCGUGUUUACCUGUAGCUCUUAACCAGGGACAUUCACAAAUGGGCGUUUUUCGAUGGAAUGAACGAAGCACAAAUAAAAGUGUAUAUUUGUGUUCUGGCACCGGUCAUAGGGAAAAACAAAGAAGAUAAAGGGAAAGAGAAAAGAAAAAGGACAUGAGCUGAAAAAGUUUGACCGAAGAAAAGCCAUUUAAAGUUUUGUUUCGGGUUAGCUGAAGUUGUAGUGUUCUCGUAGUUCACAAUGGGAUGUUGUGGCAGCAGAGAGAGUAAACGUGACUGGAAACCGCUGGAGGAUCGCAGCUGCACGGACAUCCCAUGGCUCAUCAUAUUCAUACUGUUUUGUAUAGGAAUGGGGUGUAUUUGUGGCUACCCCAUUGCCACAGGAGCUGCCUCCAGACUUAUCUCAGGAUAUGACAGUUAUGGCAACACCUGCGGUCACAAUAACACCAAAAUCGAAGGUGUACCCCUCAGUGGCCGGGACAUGACAGAAAACAAGUAUGUCUUUUUUCUAGAGCCUUGCAACCUUGACCUCAUAAACAGGAGGAUCAAGUCCAUUGCCCUGUGUGUCUCCAAAUGCCCUGCUACUGAACUGCAGACCUACAACGACUUAAAGAAGUUUGCUCUAAAUAAUGGCUCUCAUCUCUGUUCCUAUGAUAUUACUCCUACAAGAUACACAAGCCAUUCAGAGAGAUAUACUAAAUGUCCCAAACUUCCUGUUUCACAAAGUAAGGCCAUCCCGCUAUUACACCGCUGUAUUCCUGUGGAUAUCGGCUGCUAUGCUGAAUUUGCCCAGGGAUUCAUCACAUUCGUCAGUGACAACACUGUGCUGCGCCGGGUCAUUGCUGGGGUGAUGGCCAGCAAGGAGAUCAUCAUGGGCCUUUGUCUUCUGGCUUUAGUUCUGUCCCUGAUCAUGAUGGUUGUCAUUCGUUACAUCUCUAAAGUGCUAGUGUGGAUUCUCACAGUUCUGGUAAUCAUCGGCUCUAUAGCUGGGACAGGUGUCCUCUGGUGGCUGUACGCUGACCACAGGAUUGCCCUUGAAAAUAACACCACAUCAGCAUUUGGGAAAGAAGUGGCCUCAGACAAUGUCAAGGCCCUGCUUGUGUAUGCGAUCGGUGCUACAAUUUUCACGGUAGUUCUCCUGCUGGUGAUGUUCUUCCUGAGGAAGCGUGUGGCCCUCACUAUCUCCCUGUUCCAUGUGGCGGGUAAAGUGUUCAUCCAUCUUCCCCUGCUGGUCCUGCAGCCAUUCUGGACCUUCAUCUGCCUCAUGCUCUUUUGGGUCUACUGGAUCGCUGUGCUUCUCUUCCUCGGGACUGCAGGGACACCAAUAAAGAACAACUCUACAGGUGCGGUUGAAUACCACAUGCAAGGACCUCUUCAGUACUUGGUGUGGUACCACGCUGUGGGUCUCAUCUGGAUCAGUGAGUUCAUUCUUGCCUUCCAGCAGAUGACCAUCGCUGGAGCUGUGGUCACCUACUAUUUCACAAGAAAUAAGUCCCAGAUGCCAGUGACUCCCAUCCUGUCUUCUAUGGCACGUACCAUCCGCUACCACCUGGGUACUCUGGCCAAAGGCUCCUUCAUCAUCACACUUGUUAAGAUCCCUCGUCUCAUCCUAACAUACAUCCACAGCCAACUCAAAGGAAAGGAAAAUGCCUGUGCUCGUUGCAUGCUGAAAGCUUGUGUGUGCUGUUUGUGGUGUCUGGAGAAGUGUCUAGCAUACUUGAAUCAAAAUGCUUACACUGCGACAGCCAUCAACAGCACAAACUUCUGCACCUCAGCCCGUGACGCUUUCCUUAUCCUGGUGGAGAAUGCCCUCCGAGUGGCCGCCAUAAACACUGUGGGCGACUUUGUCCUCUUCAUGGGAAAGGUGCUUAUAGUCUCCUGUACCGCUUUUGCUGGCGUCCUGGCUCUGAACUACCAGAGGGACUACACCGUGUGGGUGCUGCCUCUCCUCAUCGUCUGUCUGUUUGCCUUCCUGGUGGCCCACUGCUUCCUUUCUGUGUUUGAGAAUGUGGUUGACGUCCUCUUCCUCUGCUUUGCUGUGGACACAAAGUAUAAUGAUGGCAGCCCUGGACGGCAGUACUACAUGGACAAGGCCUUAAUGGAAUUUGUUGAGAACAGUAAGAAAAUGGGUUGGUACAAGCCAGAUGAUGGAGAUGGACGGGAAAUGAAGUCCAUGGCACGUGGGGGGACUGUAGCUUGACCAAGUGCCAGAGAGAUUGCCAAAACCACUAAAAAUAAAGCUUAACUCAGAGUUUACCAGCAUUUCACUCCAGGGACAUCAGUAAAAUAACAAUACCUUUUUAUAUAGAAACGUUACAUAGCUUUUAUGAAAGAGGCAUCAAGUUUUAUUGUUUAUUUUUGAGCAAGGGAUUGCAAAUUAAAAUUAGACACUAAUAGUUGUAUAGCAAUAGGUUAUCUUUGUUUUUGUUUUGUUUCAUUAAUAACAUGGAUGCAACAGAUUCACCUUUUUCCUACCUGAGUUUUCCCUUUUAUUGAGUUUUCCCUUUUAAAUAAUAAUAUAAAUGGUUUAACAUGGUUUAACAUGUUUGGUUUUCUUCUUUUAACAGUGUUAGCUGUAGUUUGAAUGGCUCAGUGUACAUUUUGAAAUGGAUAACUAUGUUUUGUUAAGGCUGUUGAAGUUGUUUAUUACUUAUUAAAUUUUAUACUUAAAUAGAA